AUGGCGCCCUCAUCCCUCAGUAUCUCCGUGUGGUUGUGUGAGUGAAUCAACAACAACAAAGACUGGGGAUCAAAGCUGAGGAUGAUGCUCUGGAGAUAACGGUUCAAAUUGACGCUGCAGCAUCUCUCCUGAGUGACCCAGUGAGAAGUUGAACCAGGACCCCCGCUAGUGGGAACGGCUCUCAUCCUCCAGACGGAGGUUAAUCACCAGGGCAACGGCACAGGUGAGAGCUCAUGCAUUUUCAUCACAUCACAUGACAAUUUCAAAGGCAUCCAACCUAUAGAAAUACUCACAGCCAUAUAUGCUGAAUAUGGCUAUGGGACUCCACUCAAUAAGCUCCACUCAAAGUGUCAUGAUAUCAUUUAUUUUUGGACAAAUUAAUGAAUAGUUAAGUGUCCUUAAGCCAAUUAAGGCCUAGUUGUACAUCACCUGUUAUUCUCAUAGCCUCCUAGGGUUUCUCUCCUUCCUCCAUGACAUAACUUGAUCAAUUGGACAGACAUUGGACAGUCCCCAGCUCUGGUCCCCCAAGUCAAAGUGAAUUACUCCUUAAAAAGCAAUGAUGAAAACCAGCAGACACUUUGGCCGUCAAGAACUGGAGUUUAGAAUGAUACAGAUGUAGGAUCUUAAUUUGAGCCAGUUUGCUACAGCAGCAAAAUAAUCCUGCAGCAACAGGAAAUGUGAAUUAUUAUGUGGAUUAUAAUUAAAGCUGCAAUAUGUAGCUUAUUGGGUGACCCAACCAAAUUCACAUAGAAAUCGGAGUUAUAUAUCUGUCAUUCUCAUUGAAAGCAAGUCUAAGUAGCGGUAGAUCUGUUGUAUGUGCACUAUUUCUAUGCUUCCCAUUCUCAAGUUUAGUUUUUGCUUCUUUACUUUCGGUUUUGUAAUCCAGCUUCAAACAGCUGAAAAUACAAUACUUUUGGUUAUUGAAAAUAUAUUUUACACUGGUUUAGAUGGUACAAUGAUUGUCUACACAAUACAUUGCUUGUUUUGUCACAUAAACUGAAAUUAGGCAAACUUUUAGAAUUUUAGAAACCAGGAAAUGGCUCUGCAUAUUGCUCCUUUAAUCGCCAUUUCUGUAGUGUUUUUUCGUUAGGGCAAAACAAGUCUGACAUUUCAAUGUGGAAAUUACAAACUUCAGAAUAUUUUUUCAAACUGAAAUACACUACAAGUUUGCGUUUCCUGCUAGGCAGGAACAUUCUCAGUAAGAUCCUACAUCUGUACCAGUAGGGGACAGUUCUAUGCAUGCAAUUUUGUCCAACUAGAGUUUUGCAAUGGAAUUUUCCUCCCUACAGCACUGAGUGGAUGCAUAAAGUUAUGGAGAAAUGACAAAGCAUUGUGCAAUAUGAUGAUUCUGAACUUUCCCUUGAUCCUCUGCCUGCUCUCUUUCCCCUCUGCCAUUACCCCUGGAGGUGGUAGUCAAUCCAUAAGUAUGGUUCCUCCUGACAAUGCUGGGAUGGCUGUUUGGGAUCUUUAUUUUUGUUUUGUUUGUACAAAAAACUUGGCAGACGGUUCUCUGAGUUGCACCACUAGGCCUCACUACAAGCUUUUAUGGCAAGUUUUUACUCAAGCCUUGCAGUGCAGCUGUGAACAUAGCAGGUCACCCCAACCCAGAGCACUUGAGCCUGUUAAGCAAGGAGAGACAUAAGGCCAGGGACUGCUGAGGGUUUUUUGGGUCCAGAUGCAGACAGAGCAAGGGCCGUGGCUGGGAAAAACAGCCUUAGACUAAACACCUAAAAGCAGGCAGAGAGAAGUGGAGGAAAGUCCAUGUAACUCCGGUGAGUCCUGGAAAUGCGAUACAAGUAAAAUGAAGGGGGCACAGCUGACUGGGCUGGCAGUAUGCAGCCUCUCUCCUCGCUGAAUUCCCCACAUUCCUCUGAGGAGGUAAUUAAAAUCAGGAGAGCAGGGGAGCAGAACGACAGAACGACGGACAGCGAGGCCAGUCAAUGUAUAACAGAGAUAGAUAAGGGCUCCUCGUGGAGCUGUGACAUCACUUCAUCAUGUUUACAGCACAUAGGGGUUGUAGUGGAAGAGGCGGAUGUGAGCUCUGAUGUAACAUAUGGAGCCGAGGUAGUGAGAUGUUUGAAGGUUGGUGUGUCCUGAAGCUAUCUGCGACCCUGGGAUUUCACCCCAUGUUUUUAUAGGAGGAGGGAGGGCCAAUGGUAGCAGGCCUUUGGUUUGGGGGUACAAAGGGUAGAAACAUAUAGUGUGUCUCUUGGGUGAGGAGAACGUGAGUGUGGCGAGGGGGCUAGCCGGGAAGCAGCGCGGUAACGCUCAGGCGACCACAGACGGACAUACCUGGCAUUCCAGUGGGUGAUUAUUACCCAGAAUUCCAAAGGGCCAUUGAAGUGCUUCAGGUGCUGCUGCUGUUGUCCCCUUUAUACUCCCCCCCCCCCCCCUCUUCAUCACACCACUCUACCUCCUCAGCCACUCACCUCCCUCCAAUCUUAAUUUUCCUCUCUUUCCUGUUGUUUAUGAGGCAGGGGCAGUGUUGGCAUUUGGCACAUGUGCAGUAGUGUAUUUUUUACGAGAACGCUCAAUCAUCAGCACACCUGUUUCAUUCCAUUUCAGACUUCAGGCCUUUCAGAUUCAAAUAACAACACAUUUCAUUCGGUUAAUAUUUUUCACUCACCUUAGGGUCCAAUGUGUUUCUCUGUAUUUAUAUUUGAACUUAGAGUUGAGUUACAGUGUGGUAACCCCCCUGGGCAAAGUGGCCAUGCAUGUGAGGUGGCUGGUGAUAACUGCUGUGUUGACACUAGCACCUUCUGGAUUGGGUUCCUCUCCUGACCUGCUCUAUUUGGAUCAAUAAUAGAACAAUAUUGAUCAGAGAGACCAGGGAAGAUUGAGGGGCUGAUCUUAUAAAAAUAGGAACAGCAGUGCUUACCUAGGCAGUAUUCUUUGAUGAUGAACUCCAGUACGUGUAAUAAUAUGGUAAUAACUAAACUAUAUGGUAAUAACUAGCCUACAGCUAAAUGAUUUUGUGCAUCCCUACUGAGCCCUAUAUUGGUGAGUUCUCAAUAGCUGUGUGUACUUACUACGUUGUUACAGUGUAAUAAGACCAAUGUUAUUGUGCUGAUUGUUACUGUAGUUUAAGGCCCAUGUGAUAUGUGUCUGGUCCACUUUAGGUAAAGAGAAUACUAAAAUACCCUUUCACUUACCAAAUAAAGCACACAUUUUCCAAGCACACUAAUCUCUGCUGAAUUAUAGUCUUAUAGUUGUCUCAGUGUUUUUUGAAUUCCAGUGUUUCUUUGUCAUAUAUAUGGCAACCCACUCCACUAAAGGAAAGAUUUCUGGCUCCCAGGUGUCUUUUAUACAGGUAACGAGCUGAGAUUAGGAGCACACUCUUAAAGGGAGUGCUCCUAAUCUCAUUUUGUUACCUGUAUAAAAGACACCUGUCCACAGAAGCAAUCAAUCAAUCAGAUUCCAAACUCUCCACCAUGGCCAAGACCAAAGAGCUCUCCUAGGAUGUCAGGGACAAGAUUGUAGACCUACACAAGGCUGGAAUGGGCUACAAAACCAUCGCCAAGCAGCUUGGUGAGAAGGUGACAACAGUUGGUGCGAUUAUUCGCAAAUGGAAGAAACACAAAAGAACUGUCAAUCUCCCUCGGCCUGGGGCUCCAUGCAAGAUCUCACCUCAUGGAGUUGCAAUGAUCAUGAGAACGGUGAGGAAUCAGCCCAGAACUACACGGGAGGAUCUUGUCAGGCAGCUGGGACCAUAGUCACCAAGAAAACAAUUGGUAACACACUACGCUGUGAAGGACUGUAAUCCUGCAGCGCCCGCAAGGUCUCUCUGCUCAAGAAAGCACAUAUACAGGCCCGUCUGAAGUUUGCCAAUGAACAUCUGAAUGAUUCAGAGGAGAACUGGGUGAAAGUGUUGUGGUCAGAUGAGACCAAAAUCGAGCUCUUUGUCAUCAACUCAACUCGCCGUGUUUGGAGGAGGAGGAAUGCUGCCUAUGACCCCAAGAACACCAUCCCCACCGUCAAACAUGGAAGUGGAAACAUUAUGCUUUGGGGGUGUUUUUCUGCUAAGAGGACAGGACAACUUCACCGCAUCAAAGGGACGAUGGACGGGGCCAUGUACCGUCAAAUCUUGGGUGAGAACCUCCUUCCCUCAGCCAGGGCAUUGAAAAUGGGUUGUGGAUGGGUAUUCCAGCAUGACAAUGACCCAAAACACACGGCCAAGGCAACAAAGGAGUGGCUCAAGAGGAAGCACAUUAAGGUCCUGGAGUGGCCUAGCCAGUCUCCAGACCUUAAUCCCAUAGAAAAUCUGUGGAGGGAGCUACCAGAGUUUCUAAUGCUGUUGUCUUCUUGGAUACACUAUACACCUUAAUACUUUACCUUGUCAAGGGUUAUGUUAAAUCAGGGAAAAAUGUAUACUUGGCACAACUCUGUCAUCCUUUUUAAGAGAAUAUUGCCCUCUUAACAUUAAAAGUGAAGUUAUGACAUGGUUGAGUGAGUAUUUUAUGGCUCAUGCAGUCUGAGAAGUUUAAAGCUUGCAGAAUAUUCACAGUAAAACUCUUUAAUGUGCUUCGUGCCAGAUCUGUCAGUGCCAGUGGAGCUCAAAUUUCAGACCUUUUCAACUCUCGAUUUGUCUUAUGUGCAAAGUUUCUCUCUGUCACACACACACACACACAGCUCAAGUGCUUUUUAAAUGGCAGUUUCCCGCUCGGCCAGGCCUCGUCCCAGAAAAGUAAUUUUAGUUUAUGUUCCACGCUUUCCUUGAGAAAUGGAUGGUACUUCAGAAAUUACAUGUUCUUAUAUACCUUCUUCAUGCACACUAUCUUUAAAUGCAUUACAAACCAUUUAGUAUGUUUAUAUCAAAGAUAAACAGCUUGUGUUUUAAGGACUGAUGAUGUCGUACACUUCACACUAUAAGAUAAUCUAUUGCCAGUGCUACAAAAUAUGUUGAACAUAAAGAUGAUGAAUAUGAUGAUGACUUGUGAAUAUGAUGACAACUGCAGCUUAUGUUAUGAAAUAUAUUCCCUAUGUUAACAAAUUGGUGCUUUCCCUGCAGGCUGUUGAUGGGUGCCACUGCAGAGUGAGGAGUCUGAAGAUCUGCAGAUCUCUGAAGGCUGUUGGCUUAGACAGCGCUCACACACACAUCGCCAAAAUGAGUGAGUUCCUUGUGUUGAUUAUGAUGAUGUUAGAACACACAUGAAACACUCACAAUAUUACACGUCAUAAAUGUACACUCAGAUGAACACACACAACCUACACACACUAUUCCCCAACCCCCAGUUCCUGUGUGAGUUGAGCUGAGCUGGUUUUCCAGACGCUGGCCGGGCCGGCGGGUGAAGGAUUGAUUUUCAGUGUUAUGGAGAUGGGGCUCUGGUUCUCUCUCCUGCCCUGCUGCUGUGUGAUGUCUGUCCAAACUACACUAGGGGAAUAUUUCCCUUCGUGAGCUAAAACAGCCAAUGCAGCGCUCAGAGAUCAAACAUGGGAAUAGGAAUAUCAAAAACACUGCAGUCUGUCCUCUCACUGGCUCCAUUACCCUGUCGCUAGCUGAACACUCUCAAUGUGGGUUUAUUAUAAAAACACUUCUUUUUCUGUGUACACAACUAGAAGUGGGAUUUAAGUGGCUACACACACACACACACAAACACACAAUUACACUUCAAUUUUAUCUUAUGGUAACUGUGUGUUUCCACCAACCCUUCUCCCCUAUAGAUGAGCGCCAGGCUCUCCACUCCAUAAUGAAGGACCUGGUGGCCCUCCAGAUGACGAGGCGCCAGCCUGUGCCCUCUUAUGACACGGGAAAACCCAAGACUCUGCCCAACCCUGCCCCUACUCCUGCUAAGAGACAGGUAAACCAUCUACCACCCCACACAGUCAACAACACACACUCCUCAGACAGGCAUGUCAAUAUCAUCCCUACCAGACAUCUUGUUUCCCUUCAUGACCCCAUCCUGACCCUGUGACCUUCCGUGACCCCUCUUGACUGGGCUUCUUCUCUCUACUUCCUCAGGACGAUGUCAGAAUAAAGUUUGAGUUCAGUGGAGAGAGGAGGUGAGUUGGUUUUCUUGUUUUUGGAUGUGUGUCUUUGUGUGUGUGUGUCUUUGUAUGUGUGUGUGCCUGUUUUAUCACGUCUUUGUCUGUGAGAAGAGCACGGUCAGCUCGGCUCAAACGCACUCCAGCUCUCCAGUCAGACUGGUAUGUGAAGCGGAGAAUGGAAAGGGAAAGGAGUGUGGUUUAGCUGUGUCUGCCAGCAGAAACCACAGCUAUGUUAGGUGUGCUUAGAGGAAAAUGCACACGCUGGAAACUGAAUAUGUUUGUAAAAGUGUGUGCACGCUUGUGUUGCAGAUCAAAAGAGGUUAUAGUUUCCUGACCGACACCCUUUUUUUCCUUCUGUCUGUUUGUCUGUCCAUCUUACCCGCUGUUUGUCUGUCCAUCUUACUCACUGGUUGUCUACAUAUUUUUUUAUUUGUGUAGGAUACUGAUGUUUGGGAGGCCUGUGCAGUUUGAAGAAAUCCAGCAGAAGGUCAAGACAGUCUUUGGCCAACAGCUAGACUUGCACUAUAUGAACAAUGAGGUACAGCUAAUCCCACAUCUCUUUCUCUCCCUUUCUCACCUACAAACACUCUCUCAGACAUACACCAACACAAUGCAUACACACACAAACACUGGCCCUCACAGCAACCCACUGGAUGUAGAUAACUUUUACGGACAUUUUCCUGGACAUUUAGUCCGAAGUACAAAGAUGCAUGUUUAAUGGAAAUUCUCCCUUAGUGUCUCUGUGUGGUGGUUGAGUCAUCUCUGUGUGUUGUAUGUCCAGCUGUCCAUCCCUCUGCGUGGUCAGGAUGACCUGGACAAGGCCAUUGACCUGCUGGACCGCAGCUCCAAGAUUAAGAGCAUCAAGAUCUUGCUGCUGACGCAGGAGCAGUGCAAUGUACGACACACACACACACAUAAAUACACAGACAUACAUAAAUAAACAAACACACACAUUAAGCAAUAACACAUGUUAUUAAAAUCAUAUGUAAUAGGAUAGUGUGUAGUGUCUAUAUGUGGACCAGCACUCUGACCACACCCCUGUAAUCCCUCCCCCUAGGCCUCCCCGUCCCACUCUCCCUCUCCCUCUCCCUCCUCCCACCACACGGUGAGUAAGCAGGUGAGGAUCAAAGCCCAGUCCGCGGGUGAUGUCAGCACGGUGUACCAGCCCUCCGAGCCCAGGGGGCGCCACCUCUCCACCAGUGAGUAUGAACAGCAGAUUCAACUCAUUGCUGCUUCCUCUAUUCUACUGCCUUUGCUUUCAACAUCCUCUUUCUCCCUUCCUCUCGCUCUAACUUUUUUUUUACAAUAGAAAGGGAAGGUUAGUGGUAUCUCUCACUAUGGAGAGACAGUAAUGUUGGAUAUUGUCUGGUUUGGUGUUUGUCAUGUCUUGCUCUCUUAGCUCAUUUUUUUUGCUAGCUUUCUCUAUGUCUCUCUAUCCCCCCUCUCUCUCGCUCUCUCUCUCUACUCCCCCCCUCGCUCUCUUCUCCCCCCACCCCCCUCCUCUCUCUCGUUUCCACCCCCUCUCUCUCUCUCUGACUGCUGUUGUUUCUCUGGCUUCCCCUCUUAGCAGUAGGUCCUCUUCCUCUUCCUGUCCACCAUCACUGGCUGCUCUACAAUGGCCUGCUGGCCACAAGCCAAUCAGAUAUGGAGACACUAUUAGUGUAGCAGGCCAAUGGCCUGGUUUUAGAAACACUGGCUGUUUUGGGAGAGGGGAGGGGGGUUUGAGAUUAGUGCAGCGUGAGGGAAUCUGUACAUAUCCUAAAUUCUCUGCAGAUCCUCCGCCUGAGGCAGAGUUACAUUUUGAACAAUCACGUUAUUAAUAAUUGAGAUAUUUUUUUCCCUCAUUUCAUUCUGUGGUUGGAGAGAGAGAGAUCAUAUCUGUUAUCAGUGUUAGGGAUGUACAGUGGGGAGAACAAGUAUUGGAUACACUGCCGAUUUUGCAGGUUUUCCUACUUACAAAGCAUGUAGAGGUCUGUAAUUUGUAUCAUAGGUACACUUCAACUGUGAGAGACGGAAUCUAAAACAAAAAUUCAGAAAAUCACAUUGUAUGAUUUUUAAGUAAUUAAUUUGCAUUUUAUUGCAUGACAUAAGUAUUUGAUACAUCAGAAAAGCAGAACUUAAUAUUUGGUACAGAAACCUUUGUUUGCAAUUACAGAGAUCAUACGUUUCCUGUAGGUCCAGGUUUGCACACACUGCAGCAGGGAUUUUGGCCCACUCCUCCAUACAGAACUUCUCCAGAUCCUUCAGGUUUCGGGGCUGUCGCUGGGCAAUACUGACUUUCAGCUCCCUCCAAAGAUUUUCUAUUGGGUUCAGGUCUGGAGACUGGCUAGGCCACUCCAGGACCUUGAGAUGCUUCUUACGGAGCCACUCCUUAGUUGCCCUGGCUGUGUGUUUCGGGUCGUUGUCAUGCUGGAAGACCCAGCCACGACCCAUCUUCAAUGCUCUUACUGAGGGAAGGAGGUUGUUGGCCAAGAUCUCACGAUACAUGGCCCCAUCCAUCCUCCCCUCAAUACGGUGCAGUCGUCCUGUCCCCUUUGAAGAAAAGCAUCCCCAAAGAAUGAUGUUUCCACCUCCAUGCUUCACGGUUGGGAUGGUGUUCAUGGGGUUGUACUCAUCCUUCUUCUUCCUCCAAACACAGCGAGUGAAGUUUAGACCAGAAAGCUCUAUUUUUGUCACAUCAGACCACAUGACCUUCUCCCAUUCCUCCUCUGGAUCAUCCAGAUGGUCAUUGGCAAACUUCAGAUGGGCCUGGACAUGCGCUGGCUUGAGCAGGGGGACCUUGCAUGCGCUGCAGGAUUUUAAUCCAUGACGGCGUAGUGUGUUACUAAUGGUUUUCUUUGAGACUGUGGUCCCAGCUCUCUUCAGGUCAUUGACCAGGUCCUGCCGUGUAGUUCUGGGCUGAUCCCUCACCUUCCUCAUGAUCAUUGAUGCCCCACGAGGUGAGAUCUUGCAUGGAGCCCCAGACCGAGCGUGAUUGACCGUCAUCUUGAACUUCUUCCAUUUUCUAAUAAUUGCGCCAGCAGUUGUUGCCUUCUCACAAGCUGCUUGCCUAUUGUCCUGUAGCCCAUCCGAGCCUUGUGCAGGUCUACAAUUUUAUCCCUGAUGUCCUUACACAGCUCUCUGGUCUUGGCCAUUGUGGAGAGGUUGGAGUCUGUUUGAUUGAGUGUGUGGACAGGUGUCUUUUAUACAGGUAACGAGUUCAAACAGGUGCAGUUAAUACAGGUAAUGAGUGGAGAACAGUAGGGCUUCUUAAAGAAAAACUAACAGGUCUGUGAGAGCUGGAAUUCUUACUGGUUGGUAGGUGAUCAAAUACUUAUGUCAUGCAAUAAAAUGCAAAUUAAUUACUUAAAAAUCAUACAAUGUGAUUUUCUGGAUUUUUGUUUUAGAUUCCGUCUCUCACCGUUGAAGUGUACCUAUGAUAACAAUUACAGACCUCUACGUGCUUUGUAAGUAGGAAAACCUGCAAAAUCGGCAGUGUAUCAAAUACUUGUUCUCCCCACUGUAUCUUCUUUUCUCCCCCAUAAUCCAUUGUUUAACUUUUUUUUAAUAUUACUUUUUUCAUUUAGCAGAUGCUCUUAUCCAGAGCGACUACCUCAGCAAUUAGGGUUAAGUGCCUUGCUCAAGGGCACAUCGACAGAUUAUUAUCCUCCUCCUCCUCUCCCCCGUCCCAGGCUCUCAGAACACAGGCCGUAGCUCCCCCCCUCCUGGCUAUGUCCCUGAGCGGCAGCAGAGGAUCGCCCGCCAGGGCUCCUACACCAGCAUCAACAGUGAGGGAGAGUUCAUCCCAGAGAGCGACCAGUGUGUGAGUCAUUGCACUGUACACAAACACGUGCGCACACAAACACACGCACGCACACACACACAAACAAACACACACACACACUGUAGGGCUAAUACUGUGUCUCUUCUUCCUAGGUGCUGGACCCCUGGAGCAGUGCAGAGAACUCUGUCUCAGGAAGCUGCCAGUCGCUGGACAGUAGCUCAGACAGGUGAGGGCAGGGCUCUGUCCCACAUUCUACCCAGGGGUGAAAGUAAGCCAGUAUGGACUGGUACAGCGUCCUGGCAAAAUAAAUAGUGGGGGUACUCCGUACUGGUGAAACGUGAGCCUAUCAUUAUUAACACAAAAUGCCAAGAAAACUGUAGUCUAUUACACCAUUAUUUAACUUUACCUAAUGUCUUCUGCAUGAAAAAUGUGCGAAUUGACUUGAAACCGGAUGGUAUAUUCCCCAAAUUGCAUUGUGGUUCGACAAGAACACUUGCAUGCCUUGGAGAUGAGUGGCCGAGACCGAGACAUGCACAGACAAGGCGGAGAUGAGUGGCCAAGACCGAGGCACGUGGACAACAGAGGAUGCAUCAAUUCAGGCUAUAAGUUUAAGCCAAUCGCAGAAUGUCAUUACAAUACACGUAGGUGUUUUGUAAAAGAUGUCUCUUUCCAUUCAUCAAAUUGCAGGUGCACUGUUGGGGUUUGGAUGCUGGAAUUAUUUUGUGAGUGGACGAACGUGUACGGGUAGGCUACAGGACCGCCUCUUUGAAGUGAUUGUUUGUUUGACAAACAGAUUAAAACAUCAUGACUGGUUGUGUUUAUGCCACAUUAAAAUGCAUAGGCGGCAUGUCCAUAAGGCUAGGGGAAGCUAAGCUUUCCCUAAAGUAAUUUUUAUCGCGUAGCCUACAGUUGGAAGCGCCCGCAAUUUGUGCAGCGCGUGGCAAAUACCAAAUGUGAGUUGCUACUGUCAGUGAAAAGCAGAGAGACCCAACAGUUUGGAAAGCAAAGGCUAUAGCUGUAAAGAGAAGACAAUGAAACAACUGCAAUCUGUCUUUUAGUCAUCCAAAUUCUCAACUUAAUUGAGCGAACAGUAGCCUAUCUUAUUGGCACCAGCGGAGAACAUUGUCCAUAUCCCCGGUGAGUGUGCAUAUUCACUUUAUCAUUGGGUCAUUAUUUCCUCCUCCAGGUUAGAUGGACUAUAUUGUAUUUGUGUUUCCCCUUUCCGUAGGCCUAUUAAAUGGAUCAGACAACGUUGUUUUUAUUGAUCUGUUUGUCAGUGUCAGCAGAGUAUGCUACCCUGUAAUUUUUGUCGUAUUAAAAAAAGAUUAUGCUUAUGUCUCCAGUCAUAUAAAGUGUAGUAGAAUUGCAUGAAAUGUGUUUAUAAAAGGCCAACAUUUUCCUGUGCAAAGAAAGGAGAAGAAAUUAAUCUGAUAUAGCCUAGGCCUACUCUACGCCAGUACGCACUGCAUUGAAGUAUUUUUUUUUUGUGAACAGUGAUUGUUAUAUUAUUAGCUUAAAUUAUGACUAUCCAAUAUAAUCAUCACAUUAGGAAUAGUAGGCUAUCUUACAUAAGUCUGUAAAUGCGAGGAUUGAUGAAAUGCUUUAUUGUAAAGGUGCAUUUUUAUGGUGAAAAUUAUUUUCCCCAAACUUGAAACCCACUCACCACCUAUGUUAACAGGUAUUGCAUGUUAAAAGUGAUAUGACAAAUCUUUACUAGCCUAGGCUACUAGGCCCACAGAGAUCAUAUAUGAAAUUAAUAAGGAUUCUAUUUGUAAUUCUACGAUUACACUUAUUUAAAAAAGUGGGUGCGCGCUUGGGUGUCCGGUUCCGGUAAGAAAUUACAUCUACUUUUACCCAUGAUUCUACCUCACACGUACACACAAUACUUGACUUGGGUUAUAAAGACAUUGUAUGUAUUUUGAGGAGGUGAUCAGCACCUCUCACUCUCUCUUUAUCUGUCUUUCCUCCCAGCCCCUCCCUGAGGAAGUCACGCAUGCACCGAGCUAAGAGCUACCCUGAUAACCGGCAGCUGGAGAACGUCUCAGGUGGGUGCCCAGGAAGAUUCCUGAUAUCACUACACAAGAUAUAGAUCCUCACUGUAACGGAAAACUGUAAUUUUUUUGUUUCUGGCUUAUUACCGUAUUUUGAGGCGUACCUUGUAAGAGGCUAUAUUUGUUGCACCCGUGAGUGAGAAUAUUUUACCAAUUUUACUCCAAUGUGGUUAAAGUGCCCCAUCAAUUAAAAAUGUAUAGGGGCAGAUUGGAGUGGCAGCAAAUGGUUAAGCAUUUUGCCAUGUCCUUUUGGUCUGUUUUACCCUGUAGUCACUGCCAGUUUGGAAGCCUUUGUUAAAGCCUCUAGAAGUGCAAGUGAUAUGAAGCACCAAAUAUUCAUUAAUAUGCUGUAAUGUGUAAAAGCUUAGCAGUCAACCUGCUUGCACCAAUCCCAUGAAAUUACAGUAAAAUACUGUGAAAUACAAACCCCUCCCCUCAAUGAAUGUAAUACAUUCAUUUAUUAAUUCAUUCAUUCCGAUUACGGUAGCAUUUAGUUUUUUACAGUAUAAUACAGUCAAUUUUAUGAUAGUGUACUUUAUGUCAUUACACAUUACUUGCUUUGAUACCGUAUUCAGAUUACAUCAGGUGAACUGUAAUAUGAAAUACAGAAUUUUACUUGCCACCGAGCUGCCUGUAAUCUACUGUCAAAUUCACAGUAACCCCUUUACAGUGCUGGCAACAGCGCCGCUCUCCAGCCCCAUAGCAACAGGCCUGAACCACAAUGCAGCUCCUAGCAACAAAGCAACAAUGUAGUCCCAAGCAACAGCACAGAGCAACAAGGCAGCUCUUACCAACAGUCUGAAUCCUGUUGUAAUCUAACCUUCACCCUCUCUCUUGCUCUCUUUACUCAUUCCUCCCUCUCAGACCGGGAGAACCAUGUGUAUGAUAAGGUGGUGGGGAAGGGAGGGACAUACCCCCGCAGGUACCAUGUCUCCCUGCAUCACAAGGACCAUAGUGAAGGUAGGGGCACUUUGUGGUUCGUAUUUGACCUUUUCCCUGACCCAUUUCUUGAACCAUCUCCUCCUUCUCUUGGUCUCUUUGUUCUUCUCUCAUCUCUCCUUCACCCUCAACUCUCCUCUCAUCCCCCCAGGUCGGAGGACGUUCCCACGGAUCCGUCGCCCCCAGGGUAACCUGUUCACCCUGGUGCCCUCACGGCGCUCCCUCAAUGGCAGCGAGGAGAGUCUGGGCAGCUGGCAGCUAGUGGACAAGCAGGGCAGGCUCCGCCCACAGGAGCGCCCCAUCGCCCACAAGUGUGAGUCCUGACCCCACCUCUCCAUCUUAUAUUUACAUAUAUUACACAUUUUACAUAUAUUGUAUGGUUAUUAGAGAUUUCAUACUCAUUAAUCUAUUCUUAUAUCCUAUACAUUUCAAAUAAGGGAAUUUGUUUGUAUGAUGAAUGCAGUGUGGUGUAAUGUUUUCUAUAUGGAGAGAGUAUGAUAUGUAUGGUGUGUGCCCCUCCCUCCACAGCCCCCAGUGCUCCAGUGACGUGGAGGCGGGGCAAGCUGUUGGGUCAGGGGGCAUUUGGGAGGGUUUACCUGUGUUACGAUGUGGACACGGGACGGGAGCUGGCCGCCAAGCAGGUGGUGUUUGACCCGGACAGUCCUGACACCAGUAAGGUGAGACAGCAGGGGAUGCCAGAACUGUAUGCUACUACACAGAUUGUUUUCUGCUUUUAUAUCAAAGUCUACUGUUCACAGCCAGGCUACUGUAAUGUAUUUAUGCCAACAUGACUCAGACUCCCCAGCCUGAAGGAGAACUUGGUAUGACUUGAGUUCCCGUGUAUUGUUAAAGAUUGAUGCAUAGAGGGUUAGCCUGGAGCACCUUUAGCCUGGAGCAAUGCCAAGAAUGAGGUAAUGUGUUCAGCAAGCUACUUUACUCUUAAGAGGCGAUUGUGGAGGAAUGCAGUAUGGUGCAGUGUUUAACCUGACUGAGUUUCACUAUCGUAAGGGUUGGUCAACUGUCUUAAACACAACAGGCGCUAUUCAAUGAUCUGUAGUCAGGAAUCAGAUAAACUCAUGCUCUGAAUCACUGACGUAGUCACUAAAUCCUGACUGAGUGCUCAUCUCUGUCUCUGAGAGCAAUGAACUUUGAGGAGAUUAACGGGACUUUCUUUCCUUUCUCUCUCCCCCCUCUUUAAUGUAUUUUCCUGUCUGCCACAGAGAAAACAUGCACUGUCACUUCCUGUAUCUGAGUGGAGUAUUUGCAGGGGGGUGAGGAAGGGGAGAGUAGCGGAGCCAGCUUUGCCUUGGCCUCCAAUCACCCCUUAAACUCCCCUCUCCUCUCUCUCUCUCUCUCUCUCUCUCUCUCUCUCUCUCUCUCUCUCUCUCUCUCUCUCUCUCUCUCUCUCUCUCUCUCUCUCUCUCUCUCUCUCUCUCUCUCUCUCUCUCUCUCAUUCUCUCUCUCUCUCCCUCUCUCUCUCUGUCUCUCUCUCUGUCUCGCUCUCUCUUUUCUCUCUCUCUCCCUCUCUGCCUCUGGCCCCCCAGCCUGCAGUGGAUGUUAAUCAGUUGUUGUUGUUUUUAUCUAUUUAGUGGGUCUUUGUGUUGCAGAUACUUUGUAUAUAUCUCCAUUUCCCUCUUCCGCUCUCUACUCUCUCUCUCUCUCUUCUCUCUCUCUCUCUCUCUCUCUCUCUCUCUCUCUCUCUCUCUCUCUCUCUCUCUCUCUCUCUCUGUGAUGUGAUCUCUGUGGCCAUAUUCUCUGAGGUAAACAGAGGAACUGCUUUUGAGGAACUGGACUGUUACCGCUAAUGUCCUAUCUGCAGAGAGAGAGCUAGUCUGUGUGUCUGAAAUACUUUUUCCAUUUGUCAAUAUUUUUUUUGUCUUUUUGUGGACAGUUGACUCAUUCAUAUCAUGUAAUGUUGAGCAGUUUAUUUGUUGUUGAUUGGUUGCUGUAAUGUAUUUUUCCUUUCGUGUUUGUUCACAGUGUAGAGCAGUGGUUCUGUACAACAUCCCUAAACCUGUUGUUCCCUGUCUGUCUGUAGGAGGUGAGUGCUCUGGAGUGUGAGAUCCAGUUGUUAAAGAACCUCCACCACGAACGCAUCGUCCAGUACUACGGCUGUCUGAGGGACCACAACGAGAAGACCCUCACCAUCUUCAUGGAGUACAUGCCAGGGGUCAGUCUGUUCUUCACACUUCUGCUCAGGGCUGGAGUGUUGGGGGUUAAAGGGUAUCUGUGGUGUUCAGCCCUGGACUGUGUCCCAGUCUCUCCUGGGGAUAUGAGUAUUAACCAUGCACUUCCUUCUUGUCGCUCAGGGUUCAGUCAAAGACCAGUUGAAGGCCUACGGGGCGCUGACGGAAAACGUGACCCGGAAGUACACACGGCAGAUCCUGGAGGGCAUGUCCUAUCUGCACAGCAACAUGAUCGUUCACCGUGACAUCAAAGGUAGUUAUGUCAACACACUGCUCAGAUGGCCAUUUGUAGUAAAGAUAGUGAACUAAAUGGCUAUAGACUUCCAGACUCAAGCACAAGGACCUAAAAGCUACAUUUAAAAUACAAGGAAGGUGGUUGGGUGAGUCUGUGUCACAUGGUGUUACUCUGUCGUCUCCUUAUCCAGGUGCCAACAUCCUGCGGGAUUCGGCGGGAAACGUGAAGCUGGGAGAUUUUGGCGCCAGCAAGAGGCUGCAGACCAUCUGCAUGUCUGGCACGGGCAUCCGCUCUGUCACUGGCACCCCCUACUGGAUGAGCCCCGAGGUGAUCAGCGGGGAGGGCUACGGCAGGAAGGCUGACGUCUGGUAAGCACCAGGGACACAUGGGGUUGGGCUUGGGGUUUGGGUUUGGGUAAGAGGUCUUAUACACAUGCAGGUGAUUCUGAUUAGUUGUGUUGAUAGGAGGGGAGGUGGGGGAUAGAUGUCUCAUCUGGGAGUGUGUGAAUGUAUCUUCAAGUCAAGUGUCAGAUGCUUUCCUUGUGUGCUCUUAUAAGUAGGCUCCUUCCCUGAUAGCAGAGUGGUUAGACUGCUGGAAUGUGAAGGCAGGGAAAAUAGCUGUUCUAAAAGGGGGAAACCAUUAUUCUUAAAGGGAAAAAGUGCUAUAUAUAAAAGAGGAAAGGUGCUAUAUUUAAAAGAGAAUGUUGAGAAGGACUGCCUCACUCCCACGCACAGGGCCCUGAAAUGGGUCGGGCCCACCUGCUGCCCAGGGAUUCCCCUGUGCAAUCUGAUUGGGUAGUGUCCCAUCAGGCGAGGAAUGUGAUUGGCCAAGAACCAGCCAACCAGCCAUCUUGUGACAGGGGUCGGAAUGUUCCGACUUCAUAGCUCCCCUGGGGGACCAGGCCGGGAGCGUCGGUAGGGGGUAACAGGUCCAAAGGGGAGUCUGUCCCUGGCCACCCAGCUCCCCUCACCAGCCCCCUGCUCUGUCUGACUUCAGGACUGAAACGGCCUCCCGUAGCCAGCAAAAGGACACUUUAAUUGUCAACAGGGAAAAAGUUUCCACCAAAACAUUCCAGUGGAGCCUGGGAAAGCAGAAGAGGAGAGGGAUGGUCUGUUCCCUUCGUGCCUGUAGUGAGGAAAAGAUGCCCUUUGUUUUUUCAGUGUGUGCUAACACUGUUUUUGUCAAUUCACACAAGUCAAUAAGUUCUCCGAUUGUGUAUUGCAUUGAAUGUCCUAUUUUGAUGUUUGUGUGUGAGCGGGUUUCAAGUUUUAUGAGUCGUAUGUACAGGACACUUAUGGUAUACACCGUCCAACAAAAUGCUUACUUGCUGGUUCCUUCUCGAACAAUGCAACAACAAUAAGAACUAAUAAAAGAUAACAAUAUGAACAUAAAGUAAAUGGCUCAGUAGAAUAUAAUAUAUUUAUUAGUAAGUAUAAUACAGGAAGGCACAAUUUAUAUUCCAAUAUUUACACGUUUUGUGGAAGGGGGGGAUUGGGGGGCAAGUGUUUAAAUUGUGUGUUUGAGCUCAUAUGGGUGUUCUCUUAACCGUGUGUUUGUGUCACCUUCCCCAGGAGCCUGGGCUGCACGGUGGUGGAGAUGCUGACAGAGAAGCCUCCCUGGGCUGAAUACGAGGCCAUGGCGGCCAUCUUUAAGAUCGCCACCCAGCCCACCAAACCCCUGCUGCCCUCACACUCCUCGGACCACACCCGUGACUUCAUCCACUGCAUCUUUGUGGAGGCCAAGCACCGGCCCAGUGCUGAGGAGCUGCUCAGACACCCCUUCUCCCAGAUCCUCUGCUGAGGGGAAGUACUAGUACACUCUCUCUGUCUCGACCGCUCCUCAGGACUCAUGGUCUACAGCAGACAUCUAGACUCUAGACUUGGAAUUUGGAACAUGGCCCUGUCCAUCCUACAGCUCUCUCCCCAAACCAGACUCACCUCUAGUCAGACUCGUACCUUAACCCACAACAACACAUGAUCCAUUAUUAUGGAUAAUAGCACAGUGCCAUUAUUCCAAGCUGUUAAUGACCUUUAUCAAAUUCACCUCUAACUUCCCCCACUAGAGGGAGCUAUAUGACUGAUCAGUCUUCAGCUGUCUGCUGUGGAGAACUGGCCCCACCAACUCCACAUGAACUGUAGCUAUUCAGCUAUCACCUUGGUGGUCUGUGAGAGGAUCAAACACGCGCACACACACACACACAC